GGAAAAAUGAAAAAUAUCGCUAUACAAUUCGGUCUGGCCUUAAAAGGGCAACGUUUGUGCUUCCAGAAGAACCUGUGAUUGAUGAAAUAGUGAUUGAAGAAUAUGAUGACAAAAGAAGAAACUGA